GUUUCCGAUUCCGGGGUGGCUGGGUGGCGGCGGCUGGGCUGUAGUCGCGAUGGGCCAGAGGUGACGCCGCAGCCGCCGGGAGCAACGAGGGACGCGGCAAGAUGAACCGGGCCAAGCCCACCACGGUGCGCAGGCCCAGCGCCGCGGCCAAACCCUCAGGGCACCCUCCCCCGGGAGACUUCAUUGCUCUGGGCUCAAAGGGUCAGGCCAAUGAAUCGAAAACGGCAUCCACCCUGCUGAAGCCAGCCCCUUCCGGCCUGCCUUCUGAGCGCAAGCGGGAUGCGGCGGCUGCGUUGUCCAGUGCCUCGGCCCUCACCGGUCUCACCAAACGCCCCAAACUCUCCUCCACACCCCCACUGAGUGCCCUGGGGCGCCUGGCUGAGGCUGCAGUGGCAGAAAAACGAGCCAUUUCUCCGUCGAUUAAAGAGCCAUCUGUGGUGCCAAUUGAAGUACUGCCCACGGUGCUGCUGGACGAGAUCGAGGCGGCCGAGCUGGAAGGCAACGACGACAGGAUCGAGGGCGUGCUGUGCGGGGCCGUGAAGCAGCUGAAGGUCACCCGCGCCAAGCCCGACAGCACCCUCUACCUGAGCCUCAUGUACCUGGCCAAGAUCAAGCCCAACAUCUUCGCCACCGAGGGCGUCAUCGAGGCUCUGUGCAGCCUCCUGCGGCGGGACGCCUCCAUCAACUUCAAGGCCAAGGGGAACAGCCUGGUGUCCGUGCUGGCCUGUAACCUCCUCAUGGCCGCCUACGAGGAGGACGAGAACUGGCCCGAGAUCUUUGUCAAGGUGUACAUCGAGGACUCCCUGGGGGAGCGGAUCUGGGUGGACAGCCCUCACUGUAAGACGUUUGUGGACAACAUCCAGACGGCCUUCAACACCAGAAUGCCCCCCAGGAGUGUGCUGCUGCAGGGGGAGGCGGGCCGCGGCGCUGGCGACCUGGGCGCGGGGAGCAGCCCACACCCCUCCCUCACGGAGGAGGAGGACAGCCAGACGGAGCUGCUGAUCGCAGAGGAGAAACUGAGCCCCGAGCAGGAGGGCCAGCUCAUGCCCAGGUACGAAGAGCUCGCGGAGAGUGUGGAGGAGUACGUCCUGGACAUGCUGCGGGACCAGCUGAACCGGCGCCAGCCCAUUGACAACGUCUCCAGGAACCUCCUGCGGCUCCUCACCUCCACCUGCGGCUACAAGGAGGUGCGGCUGCUGGCGGUGCAGAAGCUGGAGAUGUGGCUGCAGAACCCCAAGCUGACCCGGCCGGCCCAGGACCUGCUGAUGUCCGUCUGUAUGAACUGCAACACGCAUGGUUCUGAAGACAUGGACGUCAUCUCACAUUUGAUCAAGAUCCGCCUCAAGCCCAAAGUCCUCCUCAACCACUUCAUGCUGUGCAUCAGGGAGCUGCUGAGCGCGCACAAGGACAACCUGGGCAGCACCAUCAAGCUGGUGAUCUUCAAUGAGCUCUCCAGCGCCCGGAACCCCAACAACAUGCAGGUCCUCUACACCGCGCUGCAGCACAGCUCUGACUUGGCGCCCAAGUUCCUGGCCAUGGUGUUCCAGGACCUGCUGACCAACAAGGACGACUACCUGCGGGCCUCGCGGGCCCUGCUGCGGGAGAUCAUCAAGCAGACCAAGCACGAGAUCAACUUCCAGGCCUUCUGCCUGGGGCUCAUGCAGGAGCGCAAGGAGCCACAAUACCUGGAGAUGGAGUUCAAGAUCCCUCCCAACUGGUCCUCCUGGGCGCUCUCUGGAUCCCUGCUUGUGUGUGUGCGUGUGUGCGUGUGCAAGUGUGUGCGUGUGCACCACGUGUAUGUGGAGUGGGGCUCCCGGGUGUCCAUUCUGGAUACAGACCCUGUGCUGCGCCCAUGUGGGGCCCUUCUCUGCCUGCCCAGUCUGCACAAGGUGCUGUUCACAGAGCAGCCGGAGACCUACUACAAGUGGGAUAACUGGCCACCAGAGAGUGACCGCAACUUCUUCCUGCGCCUGUGCUCCGAGGUGCCCAUCCUGGAGGACACGCUGAUGCGCAUCCUGGUCAUCGGGCUGUCCCGGGAGCUCCCGCUCGGGCCCGCAGACGCCAUGGAGCUCGCCGACCACCUGGUGAAGCGGGCGGCGGCCGUGCAGGCGGAUGAUGUGGAGGUGCUGAAGGUGGGGAGGACCCAGCUGAUCGACGCCGUUCUGAACCUGUGCACCUACCAUCACCCCGAAAACAUCCAGCUCCCGCCCGGGUACCAGCCUCCGAACCUUGCUAUCUCCACCCUCUACUGGAAGGCCUGGCCCCUCCUGCUGGUCGUCGCGGCAUUCAACCCAGAGAACAUCGGCCUGGCUGCGUGGGAGGAGUACCCGACCCUGAAGAUGCUCAUGGAGAUGGUGAUGACCAACAACUACUCCUACCCGCCGUGCACCCUGACGGAUGAGGAGACCCGGACGGAGAUGAUGAACCGUGAGCUGCAGACUGCCCAGCGGGAGAAGCAGGAGAUCCUGGCCUUCGAGGGGCACCUGGCAGCCGCGUCUACCAAGCAGACCAUCACUGAGAGCAGCAGCCUCCUCCUGUCGCAGCUCACCAGCCUGGACCCCCAAGGGCCCCCUCGGAGGCCUCCCCCUCACAUCCUGGAUCAAGUGAAAAGCCUCAACCAGUCCCUCCGCCUCGGGCACCUCCUGUGCCGCAGCCGAAACCCCGACUUCCUCCUCCACAUCAUCCAGCGGCAGGCCUCCUCGCAGUCCAUGCCCUGGCUGGCGGACCUGGUACAGUCCAGCGAGGGCUCCCUGGAUGUGCUGCCCGUGCAGUGUCUGUGUGAGUUCCUGCUGCACGAUGCUGUGGACGAUGCUGCCUCCGGAGAGGAGGACGAUGAGGGCGAGAGCAAGGAGCAGAAGGCCAAGAAGCGGCAGAGGCAGCAGAAGCAGCGGCAGCUGCUGGGCCGCCUGCAGGACCUGCUGUUGGGCCCGAAGGCUGAUGAGCAGACAACGUGUGAGGUGCUGGACUACUUCCUGCGGCGCCUCGGCUCCUCCCAGGUGGCCUCCCGUGUGCUGGCCAUGAAGGGUUUGUCGCUCGUGCUUUCGGAGGGCAGCCUGCGGGACGGGGAGGAGAAGGAGCCCCCCAUGGAGGAGGAUGUGGGGGACACAGAUGUGCUGCAGGGCUACCAGUGGCUGCUGCGGGACCUGCCCCGCCUGCCUCUCUUCGACAGCGUCAGGAGCACCACAGCCCUGGCCCUGCAGCAGGCAAUCCAUAUGGAGACCGACCCCCAGACCAUCAGCGCCUACCUGAUCUACCUGUCCCAGCACACGCCUGUGGAGGAGCAGGCCCAGCACAGCGACCUGGCCCUGGACGUGGCCCGGCUGGUCGUGGAGCGCUCCACCAUCAUGUCCCACCUCUUCUCCAAGCUCUCCCCGAGUGCCGCGUCGGACGCCGUGCUGAGCGCUUUGCUGUCCAUCUUCUCACGCUACGUGAGGCGCAUGCGGCAGAGCAAGGAGGGCGAGGAGGUCUACAGCUGGUCGGAGUCUCAGGACCAGGUCUUCCUGCGCUGGAGCAGCGGGGAGACGGCCACCAUGCACAUCCUCGUGGUCCACGCCAUGGUCAUCCUGCUGACGCUGGGCCCGCCGCGAGCCGACGACAGCGAGUUCCAGGCACUGCUGGACAUCUGGUUUCCAGAGGAGAAGCCGCUGCCCACCGCCUUCCUGGUGGACACGUCGGAGGAGGCGCUGCUGCUUCCGGACUGGCUGAAGCUGCGCAUGAUCCGUUCUGAGGUGCUCCGUCUGGUGGAUGCCGCCCUGCAGGACCUGGAGCCGCAGCAGCUGCUGCUGUUCGUGCAGUCCUUUGGCAUCCCUGUGUCCAGCAUGAGCAAACUCCUCCAGUUCCUGGACCAGGCGGUGGCCCACGACCCCCAGACACUGGAGCAGAACAUCAUGGACAAAAAUUACAUGGCCCACCUGGUGGAGGUCCAGCAUGAGCGAGGCGCCUCCGGAGGCCAGACUUUCCACUCCCUGCUCACGGCCUCCCUGCCGCCCCGCCGAGACAGCACAGAGGCACCCAAACCAAAGAGCAGCCCGGAGCAGCCCACAGGCCAGGGCCGGAUUCGGGCAGGGACCCAGCUCCGGGUGCUGGGCCCUGAGGACGACCUGGCUGGCAUGUUCCUCCAGAUCUUCCCACUCAGCCCGGACCCUCGGUGGCAGAGCUCCAGUCCCCGCCCCGUGGCCCUCGCGCUGCAGCAGGCCCUGGGCCAGGAGCUGGCCCGUGUCAUCCAGGGCAACCCUGAGGUGCCGGGCAUCACGGUGCGUGUCCUGCAGGCCCUCGCCACCCUGCUCAGCUCCCCACACGGCGGCGCCCUGGUGAUGUCCAUGCACCGCAGCCACUUCCUGGCCUGCCCGCUGAUGCGCCAGCUCUGCCAGUACCAGCGCUGUGUGCCACAGGACACCGGCUUCUCCUCACUCUUCCUGAAGGUGCUCCUGCAGAUGCUGCAGUGGUUGGACAGCCCUGGCGUGGAGGGCGGGCCCCUGCGGGCACAGCUCAGGAUGCUCGCUGGCCAGGCCUCGGCCGGGCGCAGGCUCAGCGAUGUGCGAGGGGGGCUCCUGCGCCUGGCCGAUGCCCUGGCCUUCCGUCAGGACCUGGAGGUGGUUAGCUCCACUGUGCGUGCCGUCGUCGCCACCCUGAGGUCUGGGGAGCAGUGCAGCGUGGAGCCCGAGCUGAUCAGCAAAGUCCUCCAGGGGCUGAUGGAGGUGAGGUCCCCCCACCUGGAGGAGCUGCUGACUGCGCUCUUCUCUGCCACUGCGGACGCCACCUCCCCGUUUCCGGGCUGUAAGCCUGUGGUGGUGGUGAGCUCCCUGCUGCUGCAGGAGGAGGAGCCCCUGGCUGCGGGGAAGCCGGAUGCGGAUGGCGGCGGCCUGGAGGCCGUGCGGCUGGGGCCCUCGUCAGGCCUCCUGGUGGACUGGCUGGAGAUGCUGGACCCCGAGGUGGUCAGCAGCUGCCCCGACCUGCAGCACAGGCUGCUCUUCUCCCGGAGGAAGGGCAAAGGUCAGGCCCAGGUGCCCUCGUUCCGCCCCUACCUCCUGACCCUCUUCACGCAUCAGUCCAGCUGGCCCACGCUGCACCAGUGCAUCCGAGUCCUGCUGGGCAAGAGCCGGGAGCAGAGGUUCGACCCCUCCGCCUCUCUGGACUUCCUCUGGGCCUGCAUCCACGUUCCUCGAAUCUGGCAGGGGCGGGACCAGCGCACCCCGCAGAAGCGGCGGGAGGAGCUAGUGCUGCGGGUGCAGGGCCCGGAGCUCAUCAGCCUGGUGGAGCUGAUCCUGGCCGAGGCGGAGACGCGGAGCCAGGACGGGGACGCGGCCGCCUGCAGCCUCAUCCAGGCCCGGCUGCCCCUGCUGCUCAGCUGCUGCCGUGGGGACGAUGAGGGUGUCAGGAAGGUGACGGAGCACCUGUCAGGCUGCAUCCAGCAGUGGGGAGACAGUGUGCUGGGCAGGCGCUGCCGAGACCUCCUCCUGCAGCUCUACCUACAGCGGCCGGAGCUGCGGGUGCCCGUGCCUGAGGUCCUGCUGCACAGCGAAGGAGCUGCCAGCAGCAGCAUCUGCAAGCUGGAUGGACUCAUCCACCGCUUCAUCACGCUCCUGGCGGACACCAGCGACUCCCGGGCGUCGGAGAACCGAGGGGCGGACGCCAGCAUGGCCUGCCGGAAGCUGGCAGUGGCGCACCCACUACUGCUGCUCAGGCACCUGCCCAUGAUCGCGGCGCUCCUGCACGGCCGUACCCACCUCAACUUCCAGGAGUUCCGGCAGCAGAACCACCUGAGCUGCUUCCUGCACGUGCUGGGCCUGCUGGAGCUGCUGCAGCCGCACGUGUUCCGCAGCGAGCACCAGGGGGCGCUGUGGGACUGCCUGCUGUCCUUCAUCCGCCUGCUGCUGAAUUACAGGAAGUCCUCCCGCCACCUAGCUGCCUUCAUCAACAAGUUUGUGCAGUUUAUCCAUAAGUACAUCACCUACAACGCCGCGGCAGCUGUUUCCUUCCUUCAGAAGCACGCUGACCCGCUCCACGACCUGUCCUUCGACAACAGUGACCUGGUGAUGCUGAAAUCCCUCCUUGCAGGGCUCAGUCUGCCCAGCAGGGACGACAGGACCGACCGAGGCCUGGACGAAGAGGGCGAGGAGGAGAGCUCAGCCGGCUCCUUGCCCCUGGUCAGCGUCUCCCUGUUCACCCCUCUGACCGCUGCCGAGAUGGCCCCCUACAUGAAGCGGCUUUCCCGGGGCCAAACGGUGGAGGAUCUGCUGGAGGUUCUGAGUGACAUAGACGAGAUGUCCCGGCGGAGACCCGAGAUCCUGGGCUUCUUCUCGACCAACCUGCAGCGGCUGAUGAGCUCGGCCGAGGAGUCUUGCCGCAACCUGGCCUUCAGCCUGGCCCUGCGCUCCAUCCAGAACAGCCCCAGCAUUGCAGCUGACUUCCUGCCCACAUUCAUGUACUGCCUCGGCAGCCAGGACUUUGAGGUGGUGCAAACGGCCCUCAGGAACCUGCCCGAGUACACUCUUCUGUGCCAAGAGCAUGCGGCUGUGCUGCUGCACCGGGCCUUCCUGGUGGGCAUGUACGGCCAGAUGGACCCCAGCGCGCAGAUCUCUGAGGCCCUGAGGAUCCUGCAUAUGGAGGCCGUGAUGUGAGCCUGUGGCAGCCGACCCCCUUCCAAGCCCCAGCUCGCCCCAUCCCUGGGGAUCCUCAAGGUGAAGCCCAGGAAGCGCCGCCAUUGCUGGUCUCCGAGGAGGUGAGGGCGCCGAGCUCCGAGGCCAGGCAGGCCCAGGAAUAAUACUCCGAGCCCUGGGGUGGCUCUGGGCCGGCUGCUGGCAUGGGGGGCCGUCCGCUAAGCCCUCAUUCACCUUCCGGGCCACAGCCCUGUGGCAGAGCGGUGGGCAGCGUGGCCCAGCGUGUGCAGGAUCCCACCGGGCGUGGCCUGGGCUGGUUUUGAAUGAAAUGAUCUGAACUCUC